AUGACCUCCUCGGGAAAGUCUAAUAGCCAUCAAAUGCCAUCAGAAGUCUGGUGGAUGAUCCUAGACGAAGCCAUAGACGCUCCAAAGUACUUCUCGACUAUCUACACUGGUGGUGAUUGGACCCAUGACUCGAAGGCCUAUCUGAAUAGAGAGGACGAAAAAGAAUAUCUUGGGAAAGAGAAGCAAAGAAAAACAAUCGGAUCAGUCUGUAGAUCUUGGAGACAUUUCGCCGCCCAAAGGAAGCACCGUAGUCUACGUGUAGAGACCGCGGGAGGAAGGAAGAGGACGGGAUUUCCUACUGAUGCCCAGUUGAAGUCAGCUCGCAGGGCUUGUAUAAUCCACGAACUCGACGAAAACAUCCUAUUUUCGAUGAGGAAAGGCGCUCAUUGGCAGAUUCUCAGGCUGGAAGAGGUUGAGGCGAAAAGAACUGGCACAACUAUCUUUACCACACCUUCGACGCUUGAUCCUGUCCUUGUCCAAAGAUACAGCCUUUGA